GGCAGAUAGCAGAAAUUAAAAAAGAAAAAUAUUAUUCAAAGUUCUACUGGGCCUUAGGUUUGCCUACAAUCCAACUCUCACAUUCAAUAUAUUAUUUGUAGAUUCAAAAGAAGCUGCCACUUUUUUGUAAAAAAUGAAUAAAUUUGUACUAACUCCGAUGCCUUACAAGAUCUUGAAUUUCUCACCACCACCUGCAAUUUUUUUAUUUUUUUUCUCAAUUAUUUUGCCCCGUUUGCAUUUUCCGCAUAUUUGGUGGGAGAAAAGAAGAAAUCAACUCGGGACAAUAUCCAAAACCAUUUUCCUCUUGACCCCAGAUGUAUAAAGUCAACAGACUGACCUAAAGAUUGGAGCUUUACUGCAAUUUUCUUCUGUUUCUAUGGACCCGGCAAAAUCUAUGGCCUCUGGCGUGACCGUUAAACUGCAAGGAGCCCCAUCGGCUUACCAUGUGGCUUCAAGAGUUGACCAAUUGGAAACUAGUUUGUCACAAUUCAGUUCACCAACAAUGAGUGCAAAUUCGGAUAGGAAGAAGAGAGGAAGGCCUCGGAAAUACAAACCCGACGAAUCAUUAGUCGGGUCAUUUCAGACAUCACCAUCUCCAACAUAUUCGGAACACGGUAGACUAGCUGUCUCACAGCCAGUAAGUGGGAAAAAGCACAAGAGCAAAAUCGGGACCGAAAAAUUAGAUGAUUGGGUUGAAUGUUCAACCGGUUCAAGUUUACUACCGCACGUGAUCAUUGUCAACACUGGAGAAGAUAUCACAACCAAGAUAAAUGAGUUCGCUAGGCAAGGUCCACGAGCCGUUUGCAUUGUAUCCGGCAGUGGGACUGUCUCAAAUGUCACUAUUCAGCAUCCCAAUUCAUCGGGUGGCAUUUUGACUUACGAGGGAAUUUUUGAAAUUCUUUCACUUUCCGGGUCCUUCACGCCAACAGAGAUGCCCGACUCGAAAAAUGGGAGAUCGGGCAAUUUGACAAUUACUUUGUCAGGUGCGGAUGGCCGUGUUGUGGGAGGCUUAGUUUCUGGAGUCACCAUAGCAGCCACCCCUAUAAAGGUUGUUGUGGCAAGUUUUCUACUAAGCAGCAAUUCAGAUGAGUUCAAGCUCAAGAAUCAGCUCAUGAUCAGUGGAUCAGGCCCGAUGGGCCAGCCCGUACCCAAAUCAGAAAAUCAUAGCUCCAAUGGCAUACAAGGGCCCAGAGGCACUUAUUCGCCAACUCCGAAUAAUUGAAACCCAAUGCAAAAUGCCGAAAGAUCGAGAAAGGCCAAUGUGGAUUAAUUCAAUGUUGCCUUUUAAGUUUGUUUCUAAUUUUACACUGUUAAACGGGAUUUUUUUUUCCCAUAUUCGGAUUGAGUGAGAUAAUUUACACAAGAGUGAUGUGAUUAUGUACUGUAAUUUUUCCAUUUAUAAGAACAAGCAUCUUCAAGCCUCCCUCAUAUUUGUGGUGACCUACUGAUCUUAUUACUCUUUAAUGCGGACAUAGGUGAUUUUGUAAUUUUGAAACUUCAGGGGGCGUCAUUUGCAAUUAUCCAGAAAAUUAUGUGAUAUAAAGUUUAAUCAGGUAAUCAUGCACUAGUGUAGGCUUGUAGCACAACUGUGACACAAUACACAAGUCUACACAACCCACUCAAUUAAUGGCAGAC